UUUCCUCCUGCGGACGCACACGCUCACACACGACGGCGACCGUCGAAUUCAAACCUGCCCCCUCCCAAAUGAGUAGUCCUCUGCUUCUUCAUCUCCGAUGAAGAACGUUUCCAAGAUUUCCCUCCGGUUCCUCCACAGAGUCUUCUCCGAAAUCCGGCCUUGAUACGUGACCGGGAUCACCCGCCACCAAGAACCGGCCAGGACCGCCGCCGCCUCGACCCCACGGGACCCUGCCCCUGCCGUCGCUCCGCCCAUGACCGCCGGACACGACGAGUGCGACUCUAGAGUGGUGUUCAACGCGGUGAACGGCUCGUGCACGUUCGCGAUCCCCAACUUCUCGCAGGCCCAGUGCCUGGCGGUGGGCCAGUUCUUGGCCAGCGAGGUGUUUGCCGCCGGCGGCUACAACUGGGCCAUCCGCUUCUACCCCGGCGGCAGGAACCCGGCGGACAGCGACUACUCGUCGGUGUACGUCGAACUGAUGAGCGAGGCCUCGGACGUGAGGGCGUUGUUCAUGCUCAGGCUGGAGGACCAGAGCGGGAACGACAACCACCUGGUCUUCACCCAUUUCGAUUACUCCCUCGUGAACGGCCCGUACACGAUCAUGUACGGAAACAUGUGGGGAUACCGUCGGUUCUUGAAGAGAGAUCAUCCCGAUGCAUCGCACUACAUCAAGGACGACUGCCUUACCCUGCAAUGCACCGUCGGAGUUGUGAAGGCCCGACUUGAGGGACCGAGACGCUACAGAGUUGCCGUUCCGCCGUCGGACAUGGGUCGGGGUCUGAAUGCCCUGUUGGAUUCUGGAUUGGGUACCGACAUAAAUUUCGUAGUUGGCGACGAAAUCUUUAAAGCCCACAAGAUGAUUCUCGCUGCUCGAUCACCGGUAUUCAGAGCCCAGUUUUUCGGUCCUGUUGGCGACCGUAACAUCAAGCAACUCGUCGUGGAGGACGUGGAUCCUUCCAUUUUCAAGGCAAUGCUGGAAUUCAUCUACACCGACGAGUUUCCCGACGUCGGCGAGAUCGCGGGCUCGACCUCUCGUUUUGCAUCCACCAAUGUGGUGCUGCAUCUAGUGGCUGCUGCUGACCGCUACGGUCUCAAUCGAUUGAGACUACUGUGCGAGUCGAAGUUGGGCAAGCAGAUCACCAUUGUUACGGUGGCGACCAUACUCGCGCUGGCGGAUCAGCACCAGUUCCCCAACCUGAAGGCAAUGUGCCUGAAAUUUGCUACAAACCCGGCAAACUUGAGAGCGGUGACGGAGUCGGAAGGCUUCAAGCACCUGGAGGGGAGCUGCCCUUCGGUGUUGUCGGAGCUGCUCCUGGCCGUCAGCGACCAGCACAGUCGAUGAGCUUGCCGGCCAUCCGGGGAGGAGGAACAGCAGCAGCAGC